AAGCGGAAAUAUCUUCUCGCAGUUUCGUGACCCAGUCGGACGUAUUAGCCGACGUACCACCAAUGUCAACUCCGGCACAUAUAUCGUUGAUAUACGUGACCUCCGGAAUAUUUCUAACAUUUAGGCGAAGCUAUCCGACAAAAUGCGCCUCACGUUGCAAAUGUUGAUUUCCCACGGCCGGAUGGCCCGGAGGAUGGGUUUGGGCCCGCGGUCCAGGAUCGACAUGCUGCGCAACAUUUUGACAGGACUGGUCCGACACGAGAGGAUAGAAACCACGCUGGCCCGAGCAGAUGAAGUCCGCUUCUACGCCGAAAAGCUGGUAGACUAUGCCAAAAAGGGAGACACUGAUGAGAAGGCGAUGAAAAUGACCAGUUUUUGGCUGACGGAGAAGGAUCUGGUCCCAAAGCUCUUCAAGGUCCUGGCUCCACGGUUUGAGAAUCACUCAAACAGCUACACACGGCUGGCACGCAUCCCCAACAGACAGAACCUGGACAGAGCUAAGAUGGCUGUUCUGGAGUACAAAGGCAACCCUUUCCCACCCCUUUAUCCUGCGAAAAAGGAAAAUGAACUGACUCUCAUCAACCAGCUCCUCAAAGGCUACAGAGAGGAUAGGGCACAACAGUUAGACACAAAGCCGUAGUUGCCACCGUGGAGAUGGAUCAAAGAUUGCUGAAGGGUGAUGGUGGGGUACUGAAAUGCUUCUGAAGAGCCACUUGCAUAUUCUGCAGACUGUGGCUUAAAGACACUGAUGUAGUUCUUUACCAAAAGAAGCCGCAGCUCUGUAAAGUAUUUCUGAUUGUGUAUUAAUAAAUAUUAUUUCUUAAGAUAA